UGUCAAUUUAUCAUGAUUAUUUGGUAUCUUUAAUAUUUCCAUAAAUGAAUUUUAAAGUUAUGUACACGUAGCAUAUUAUUUAGGUGAAAAGAAUGAAAUUAUCGUUUUGUGAUCAACGUUGUUUCAAGAUUCCUACUAAAAUAAAAUAACAAUGGGAAGCUUAGAAUUAAUACAAACAUUAAGCGGACAUUCUGGAAGAGUUUGGAACGUUUGUUGGCAUCCAAAAGGCACGUAUCUUGCGUCGUGCGGAGAAGAUGCAAUCAUUAGAAUAUGGAAAGAAACUAAUUCCGAUUGGAUUACGACUAUGUUAUUAACCCAGGGUCAUACGAGAACCAUUAGAGAAAUCGCUUGGUCUCCUUGUGGAAAUUACAUUGCUUCUGCCAGUUUUGAUGCUACUACAUCAAUAUGGGAUGGAAGAUCCGGAGUAUUUGAAUGCAAUGCGACAUUGGAAGGACAUGAAUAUGAAGUUAAGAGUGUAAGUUGGUCUUCCAAUGGGCAAUUACUUGCAACAUGUAGUCGUGAUAAAACCGUCUGGAUAUGGGAAGCAAAAGACAAUGAAUAUGAGUGCGCUUCGAUCAAUAAUGCUCAUACUCAUGAUGUUAAAAAGAUAAGAUGGCACCCUAACAAAGACAUUCUUGCAUCAGCUAGUUACGACAAUACAGUUAAAAUAUAUGAAGAAUACCUACUCGACAGCGACUGGACGUGUUCUCAUACAUUAGCAUCUCAUCAAUCUACAGUUUGGAGUCUUUCUUUUGAUAAAACUGGUGAACGUAUAGUUACAGUUAGUGAGGAUAAAACUGUUAAAAUAUGGCAAGAAUACAAAGCUGGAAACACAAUUGGCAUCUCUAUCACAAAUAAUGAACCAGUUUGGAAAUGCGUUUGCACUUUGUCAGGAUAUCAUACUAGGGCUAUUUAUGAUGUAGAUUGGUGCAAGAUAACUGGAUUAAUUGUAACUGCAUGCGGAGAUAAUAUGAUCAGAAUAUUUAAAGAAGACAGUGAUUCUUAUAUGCACGAACCAUCUUUUUCAAUGGUUUGCUCAAUGAAUAAUGCACAUAUACAAGAUGUAAAUUCUGUUCAGUGGAAUCCUACCAUUGCUGGUCAACUUGCAUCAGCUAGCGAUGAUGGCUUAGUCAAAAUAUGGCUUUAUAAUGAGCAAAAUGCAUAAAUGUACUAUUACUACUCUUCCUUUUACGGAUUUGGGAAAUUUUUCCUACGACAUCUGCUCAACACAGCUCAGCACAGAUGUUCCAAAACAGCCACCCAUCAAAGUACUAAUCAUUGCUUAACUUUAGUAAUUGUAUGGGAACUAGUAUUUUCAACGAGGAGAAGCCAUUCACAAAUAUACUUUUAUUAUAGUAAUCUAAGAUUUGUUAUGAACUAUGUCAUAUAUAUUUGUAAAUAUAAUUGUUCACUAUUAA